AUGACGGACGACACGGUAAAUAGAUUAGUUCUCGACGAGUUGGACUAUGACGUUGAUGAUAUGCGUGAAGAACUUAAGAAAUACCUUUCAUCCAUUACUGAUGAGCAGAAAAAAGUGUUCGAUGAUAUCAUGGAUGUUGUUGCAAAUGACAGAGGUGGACUGUUCUUUCUUUAUGGGCAUGGAGGAACGGGAAAGACUUUCAUAUGGAAAACGCUAUCGGCUGCUAUCCGUUCAAAAGGAGAAAUAGUUAUAAAUGUUGCUUCCAGUGGUAUUGCUUCGCUUCUACUUCCAGGUGGCAGAACUGCUCAUUCUAGAUUUGGACUGCCAAUAAUUGUACAUGAGAGUUCCACAUGUAGCAUCAAACAACAGAGCCCACAGACAGAAUUGUUGUCUAGAGCAAAGCUAAUCAUAUGGGACGAGGCACCGAUGAUGCACAUGUACUGUUUCGAAGCACUCGACAAAACAAUGAAAUCUAUACUUGAUUCAGAUAUGCCAUUCGGAGGCAAGGUUGUAGUGCUUGGAGUGGACUUUCGGCAAAUUUUGCCAGUUGUGUUGAAAGCGUCGAGACAAGACAUUGUGCAUGCUACAAUCAAUUCAUCACCGUUGUGGAGGCAAUGCAAGGUUAUGAAGUUAAACAAGAACAUGAGACUUGAAUCGUCCUCCUCUUCCGCCAAUGCAGAUGAAAUAAGAGAAUUUGCGGACUGGAUAUUGAGAAUCGGCAAUGGCGAAGCUGGCGAGAUAAAUGACGGUGAUGCCACAAUUGAAAUUCCCGAUGACAUGCUGAUUCGGAAUUCUGCAGAUCCCUUUUUGGAUCUUAUAGAGUUUGUCUAUCCCGAUCUGGUGACCAACCUUUUCACUCCCGAGUAUUUCGAAGGCAGAGCAAUCCUUGCACCCACUAAUGAAAGUGUCGGUUUUGUGAACGAUCAUUUUUUGUCGAUCAUAACUGGAGAGGAGAAGGCCAUUUCAGCUCAGAUAGUAUGUGCAAGGAGGAGUUGUUGUCGGAUGUCAACGCAGAAAUAUACUCACCGGAGUUUCUCAACACCAUAUCAUGUUCCGGAAUUCCACCGCAUAAGUUGA